UUGGUCCUUAUUUGACCGAACCCAAUCUCAAACCAUCUGUCACCAGAAUCUAAUCUGAUUUUCCCUCAAAGGCCGUCUCUCAGGCUUUACCGAGGAGAUCAAAUUGAACGAAGUUUAAUGGAAACGAACAGUAACAGUGCAAGUUCAAAGCCUUCAGCUUCUUCAUUAAGAUGGAGAAUCCUUAGUCGAGCUGUUCUUCAUCGUGCCAAAAAUCCAGAAGAUGAAUCGCAAUUGGGCAUGAAGCUCAUUUCCAGAAAAGCAGCAAAAGGAUUCAACUUGAUACCGUGUCAGCUGCUAAAUCAUGAUCACGAGUCUAGAGAUGCCCAGUUUUGCUACACCUUGCCCACUCAAGGAUGUCCCAAGCUUGUUUUAACUCAGAGAUUGAAUAAUAAUGCAGACCUCACUGACUUUGAGAUUUGUAAUAGACACAACAUUGACAAUACUGGGACUGUCUGUCAGUGGCCAUCUGAAGAUGUCCUUGCCUAUUAUUGCUUAUCACAUGCAGACAUGUUCAGGUCUAAAAGAGUUAUUGAGCUCGGGUCAGGUUAUGGCUUAGCUGGCUUAACCAUUGCAGCAACCACAGAGGCAUUAGAAGUAGUAAUUUCAGAUGGAAAUCCUCAAGUGGUCGAUUAUAUUCUGCAUAAUAUUAACACAAACUCUGGAGCAUUUGGUGAAACAAGAGUAAAGCCCAUGAAAUUGCACUGGAAUGAGAAAGAAGUUUCAAAUCUCUCACACACUUUCGACGUCAUCGUUGCAAGUGAUUGCACCUUUUUCAAGGAAUUCCACAAAGAUCUUGCUCAAGUAACAGAGCUCUUGUUGAAAAAACCAGGACCCUCUGAAGCUAUAUUUUUCAGCCCAAAAAGAGGUAACUCAUUAGAUAAGUUUCUGGAGGAAAUCAAGGACAAUGGCUUGCUUUUCAGCAUAACAGAGAUCUACGACCCGGAAAUAUGGAAUCGUCAUCAACAGUUCAUGAACGGAGAUGAGUCAUGGCCUGGCUAUGAAAAAGAUCAUUGUUACCCAUUGUUAAUAAGAAUUACGAGAUAAACUACAGCAACUGGCAUUCAUCCCAUGAUCAUCUGCCAACUGUUCGUGGGAAUCUUUCCUUGCCGGUUGACCCAUGUCAUGUGCAGGUAUGAGUGGUAUAGUUGCUAUCUUUUAAGACAGCAAGAUUCACAUGUACAUGCACUUUCCAUAUCAACUUCAAUUGCUAUUUUUGCCAUUUUAUCAUGGUGGGAAUGGAAAGAACAUGGUGAUGUUUUAAUUUUUUAA